AUGUUCAUCUUUCAGAUCAUGUCAGCGGCAGUUCUUGCCAGCCUUGUCGCCGGCCAGACACUCAACAUCCCUAGCCGGAGCGGCUCCAUCAUAUCGCUAACGGCACCUAGUGUUAUAUCCGGAUCCAGGGAUUUCGGCAAUAAGGAGUACGAUCGCGGAAGAUCAUGUAAUACCGACGUUGAGACCUCCGGCGGACAUCCCGUCUUCGUACUUGAAAACGGCGCCGCCAUCAGCAACGUCAUUAUUGGUGCCGGCCAGGUGCGUGCAUGCACGCUGAAGAAUGUUUGGUUCCGCCAGGCUUGUGAAGGUGGCGUCCGUGGCGGUGCCGGCAACCGGAUCUCGCACUUGGGCCGAGGAACAGCCACAGUCAAAGACUUCACUGCCGCCAACGUCAAUCGGCUUUACCGCUCAUGCACCAACCCUGCAAACAAUGGUGGCCCGAUAAAUCUGGCUGUGACCAACUUAAAGGCCAAUAAUGUCAAAUUGCUCACCGGCAUCAACUCGAACUUUGGAGACAUUGCCACAGUAUGUGGCUCCUGCGGUGCCAGCAUCACCGAGGUCUGCCAGGAGUAUAAGGGGGUCGAGAAGGGCCAGGAGAGUCCCAAGGCCGCCACGACUACACACUACAAGGGUCAAACGAUCCUAGAUGUAUGCUAGGGAGAAUUUUAACUUACCGAUAGUCAUGGAUGCGAAAUCCAUCUAGACGGAUGUGGAAUCUGCGCCGGAUAGCUGA